AUGACGAAUCUACGAUUCAAGAAGGCGAACCGUGAAAAGAAAAUGGCGACUGUGAAGAGGAGACACGACGCGAGUACCUGUACGAGUUGCAGCACGCUGUCAUCGGGCGAUUACCGGAAGAUCGACGAAAUGUACGAAUACACGGAGAUGACCGAGCAUUUAUUGUCCGUGAAGGCGCGAGUGCGUUUAAGGACGAAGGAGGUCGCGGAGAAAAAGUGGAAGCUGCCGGUGCGUAAGAGCCUGUUCGCCCACGUCCCGCCGUUCAUUAUUUUCAAGAACCAGGACGGCUCGAAAUUGCCGGCAGAAAUCUCCAGACACUUGUUAUGGUUGCGUACCGGUAAUUACACGCCGCGUAUCAUCGCGUCCACGGUGCUGAAGUCCGGAUUCCGAACGAUCGGUAGAUCGACGGGUAAUUGGUGCGGCACCUGGUGCAGCAAUCGGACGUACACGAAGCUGAAGAGCACCAAGGCGUUCUCGAAGGUGAGCUGUUUCCCUAGCUGCGUGCAGUUGGGCGACAAGAUAGCGAUGUGGACGAACUUUAGGAGGAUGAAGACGAAACACGGCAGCAAGAGUUUCGAUUACAUGCCGGUGACAUUUGUGCUGCCCGAGGAGAGGAACAGCUUGAGGAAAUUUAUGAGGAGGAAUGAUGGGAUUUGGAUCGUUAAACCGCCGGCAGGAUGCGCCGGUAGCGGCAUCAGGCUGGUCACUCGAUUGCAGGACAUUCCCGAACGGAAACCGCUUGUUGCGCAGCGGUAUAUUUCCAGACCGCACCUCCUCAACGGAAUAAAAUUCGACAUCCGCCUAUACGUGCUCCUAACCAGCAUCGACCCCCUCCGCAUCUACCUCUACAAGGAAGGCCUAGUCCGCCUAGCCACCGUAAAGUACGCCAACGACGUCACAACCCUCUCCAACCGAUUCAUGCACUUGACAAACACCAGCGUGAACAAAUUCAGCCCUAACUUCCAGCCGAACGACGACCCCGAUUCGUGCAAGGGCAACAUGUGGUCCCUGCGAUGCCUGUGGAAGUAUUUAUCCAGCAUGGAGAACGUGAACACCCUGGAACUAUGGAGCAGAAUCCGCGACAUCGCGAUAAAGACGGUGAUAUCUGCCGAGGCGGCCAUGUUUACCGCCUGGAAGAAGACUUCGAUGUCGCCGUACAAUUUUUAUCAGCUGUUCGGCUUCGACGUCCUUCUGGACAAGCAGUAUCGACCCUGGCUGCUGGAGGUGAACGAUUUCCCGUCGAUGGAGCCUGAUACACCACUUUGCGAGCUGGUGAAAGGUCAGCUGGCCAAGGACUAUUUGAACCUGGUCGGUUUCCAUGUGCCCGACCUGCUGAGCGACAAGGAGUUGAGGCUUCUGAGACUCAUCUGCAAGCAGCAUGGUGUUUGCUACAAUCGACAACUGUAUCCUGGAGUGCUGACUUGGAAGGACAGACAGAAGCAGUAUGUUCACUCGAAGAUGAAGAGGAAGGAGUACAUGAGGACGAUUCUGAAGAAGCUGACGCCGGACGAUGUGAGGGUGCUCAUCAGGCAUGAAGAUGAGGUGGCGCAGACGGGGAACUUUGAGAGGAUCUUUCCGACGCCUAAUACGUUUCGGUAUUUGGGCUUUUUUGAUAAGGUUAGGUAUUAUAAUUUGCUGAUGGACGCGUGGGAAACGGAGUAUGGGUAUAAUCGGAGCGCGGGGAUUGAGAAGUUGAGGAAGCUUUGUAAGAGGAAGUAUCAUUUGACCUGAGGGGAUUUUGUGGGUGGAGAUUAGUUGUAGUCAUUUGGU